AGACAGAUACCGCCAAGCCUAUCCAAUACCGGUAACACAAUAAACCUCAAGUGAACCCAUCACAAGACAAUCCCAAGAGAUGGCAUCAACGCAAUCCAUCAUCGACGAGCCCGACCUCGCCGUCGACCGCUACGAAGGGAACGUCUUCGUAUUGACCAUGAAGAAGAGACCCGAAAAUCGAAUCGACUCGGCCUACGCCCAGAAAUUGAUCGCCGCGUACAACACCAUCCGAAAGAUCGUAGGCGAAGACGCAGAUGGCGCCGUCAUCACGAGGGGAAGCGAUGCCAAAUUUUGGUGUACAGGCCUCGUCCUCGACGAAGCCGACGCAAACCCCUACGCCAACAGCGAGGGAUUCUUCCCUCUCCUCGCGACCCUCCUCGACUACCCCUUGCCCACGAUCGCACUUCUCACAGGCCAUACCUUCGGCGGCGCGUGCCCCUUCGCGCUGAGCCACGACUACCGCAUCAUGAACUCCAAACGAGGCUACAUCUCCAUGCCGCCAGUAAAUCUCGGUUUGCACUUCCCAGGGAUAGGAAGUCUGCUCCGCUUGAAGCUCCGCGCGCCCGUUGCGAGGAAAAUGCUGCUUGAGGCGCAUCGUUGGACGGGCGAAACGGCCCUUGCGGAUGGAAUCGUGGAUGCUGUCGCCGAGCCCGAGGGGAUGUUGGAGGAGGCGUUGACUUUGGCCAAGAGGAUGGCGCCGAAGGCGAAGAUGGGAGUGUUUAGCGUGCUCAGGAAUGAACUUUACGGCGAGGCCGGGAGGGCGUUUCGCGAGAUCAGCUAUGUGCACGGGGUGAGGACGGGGACGGCGGCGAAGGCGAAGAUCUGAAAGGAGACAUUUCGCCGACUGAAGCACCGUGUACUGUUCCUCGUGUUGCUCGUGAUGGUGGGGAUUUAUUUUGAACGUUCUUCUAGGGUUGUAAGCGCAU